AUGGAAAAGGAAUUUCAGCUCGUCAAUUACGGAGUAAAGCCGCUGAAAACAAGAAGCAUAGUAGAAAUAGAACAGAAUGCGCCAGACUCGCAGGCUGUGCUGCUAAUAAACCAAACAACAGCAGUGUUCUCCAAGGGAAACAGCCUUUACAAGAAGCCGAUAGACGGAGAAGAAGCCGAAAAAGUGUUCUCUCGGUCGACGGGAACAUCCCCAAGAAUCGCCACGUGUGACUCUGUCAUAGCCCUCUACAACAGAGAGGGAAAGAUCCGCCUCAUAGACUACGAUGGAAAUAGCCUCUCUUUCAUAGACACGGGGAGCAGCGCGAUCAGAGCAGUUUCUUUUUUGUCAAAUGACGCCAUCUGUGUGGGAGGAGAGUCGUGCAGACUGCAGGUGUAUUCCACGUACGACAGCACAAGGCUAUUUGAGACCACAUUCCCAGAGUACAUCGACAGCAUAACAUCGAACGGAAAGUAUCUAGCCAUUUCGCUAGCGAGUGGAGAAAUGCACAUAUACUCGUACUUCUUCAGCCAUACGGGAGAGACAGGAAUAGCGAGCAGAAAAAAGGUAAAGCUGAUGGUACAUGAAAUAACAGCACUGCACAUGGAGAAGCCUUGUCUCCUGCAGUUUCUCAGCGGUAACUCUCUGUUCAUUGGCCUGUGCACGGGAGCAGGGUAUGUCUACAGCGUAAGUGAUGGGAACAUCACCAGUUACUCAGCUAUGCACUCCAAAGGGUUCACAAAGGCAGAGGUGCACAGUGAGUAUUUAAUGACUGCCUCUCUUGACGGAAGAAUACGCAUAUCCACGCACUCUCUGCGAGAGGUUUCUUCCCUGUACGCAGGAUCUGCCAUUCAGUCAUUCAGCGCGCUCUUCAGUACAUCAGCUGAGACACAGCAGAUCACAGGGGCACAGUAUCUCAUAGCCACUGCAACGGGAAAUGUGCUGGUGUACAGAGACAGAUGGACACCAGAGCCUGCGCAGCCAGAGAUCAUCAUACAGAAGAGCGGGCCUCAGAGCAUAAAAGAGUACAGCCAGUAUGACGCAACAGAAACGCACUCAGUUCCCAUGAAAAUGGAUGGCGGCGCAAGGAGAGGGAAGUACGAAAGGCUGAUCUUUGGCUUCCAGUACAGAAAGGCUCUGUCAGCAGCUGUUAAAACGGGAAAAGUAGAGCACAUAACAAGCAUAAUGGAGUAUCUGCACAAGGUAGACAGACUGAUAAGCUCGAUUGCGUAUCUCUUAGAUGAAGAAAUAUCGGUCAUUGCAGGCAUAUGCAUCGAUCUUCUGAGGAAUAAAGAGUUCUUUGAUCUGGCUGUAUCAGUGCUCAUGUACUGCGGUAACAUCCUGUACGGAAGAGAAACAGCAUACAACAGCUCAAUAUACGAAAUAGUUGACAGAGCAGUGCAGGAGAGUGAAGAAGAGCUUCUGACGCAGAGCGCACUGAUAGAAACAAGCGAAUACAUCAAGGGCCUGCUGGCAGCAGAGAAAUAA